CCUCCUACUUUCACUGGAGAGAAAAAAAACACCUGUAGGCUGUUUUAACCGGAAAUAGAGGAAUCUGCAUCCCGGAAAGGGAAGUGUCAACAAGAUGAGGUGGUGUUUUUGAACACUUGGCAGAAGAAUACAGUUGCGUACUCGUCCUGUAGUACUCGAGGACUACAAGAAGAGGAGCUGCUCUGACAGUCGCAGGUUUUAAAGUCGUGAAACAGUGCUUCUGAGAGGUAUGAAUGACUUUGCAGUUCUCAACACGGGGCGGAAGAUGCCCCUCAUCGGACUGGGAACAUGGAAGAGUGAGCCAGGAAAGGUGAAACAAGCAGUUAUUUGGGCCCUGCAGAGCGGGUAUCGUCACAUUGACUGUGCAGCCAUCUAUGGCAACGAGGUUGAGAUUGGAGAGGCCCUUCAGGAGACACUAGGCCCCGACAAGGCUCUGAGACGAGAGGACGUAUUCAUCACAUCCAAGCUGUGGAACACCCGACAUCACCCGGAGGACGUGGAGCCGUCCCUCCUGAAGACCCUGAAGGACCUGAAACUGGAGUAUCUGGACCUCUACCUCAUCCACUGGCCCUAUGCCUUUCAACGAGGAGACAAUCCUUUCCCUAGAAAGGAAGAUGGCACCUUGCUGUAUGACGACAUUGACUACAAGCUGACCUGGGCUGCCAUGGAGAAGCUGGUGGGGAAGGGCCUUGUCCGAGCCAUCGGCCUGUCCAACUUCAACAGUCGGCAGAUAGAUGACAUCCUGUCCGUCGCCAGCAUCAAACCAACUGUCCUCCAGGUAGAGAGCCACCCCUACCUGGCCCAGGUAGAGCUGCUGGCCCACUGUCGGGACCGGGGCCUGGUGAUGACGGCCUACAGCCCUCUUGGGUCUCCUGACCGGGCCUGGAAACAUCCAGACGAACCUGUCUUGCUCAAUGAGUCCAUGAUUGCCACCCUCGCAGAGAAAUAUAAAAAGUCCCCUGCUCAAAUUAUUCUCAGGUGGCAGACACAGCGAGGAGUGGUAACAAUCCCCAAGAGUGUGACAGAGUCCCGUAUCAAAGAGAAUAUUCAGGUGUUUGACUUUACCCUUGAACCAGAGGAGAUGAAAACUAUUACAGCAUUAAACAAAGGCUGGCGCUACAUUGUACCAAUGAUUGAGGUGGAAGGAAAGCGGGUUCCCAGGGAUGCAGGACAUCCUCACUACCCUUUCAACGACCCCUACUGAUGACUCACACUGUAACCUGAAUUUGUGCCUUCAAAGACCCCAUCAACACCACAUCACCCUCCUACACAUCACUUAAAAAAAAGUUCCUGGAUCCUGUCAUUGAAAUAUGUCUUUAGAUUAUGUCAAACCCUGCACUUAUUAGAACAUUUCAAGUUACUGUCAGUGAUGGAGACUGGGAAAUCUGGUAUGACUAUACAUACUGUACGUGUUAUUUUUUAAAUAAACAUUUUGUUACUUCC